UUUCUUUAAUUAAACAUUCCCUUCUCUUCUUACAAUGCUUUCUCCAGUUGCAUUAAAACAUAUUGGACGUUCUAAUGUCGCUGCCAAAGUAGCAGCUGUCAGUCAAACUCGUUCCUUGCACGAUUUAACUUUUAGAAAGAAGACAGGUCAACCCAUGAUCAGAUACGGUCUCGGUGGAAGAUCUUCCACAAACGGACAUAUCGCCACCGUUUUUGGUUGUACCGGUUUCUUGGGUCGUUAUGUUGUAAACAGACUUGCUCAACAAGGCACUCAAGUCGUUGUUGCUUAUCGUGAUCCUGAUGAAGUUAGACAUCUUAAAGUAUGUGGCGAUUUAGGUCAAGUUAUUCCCUUAGAAUUUGAUUUGAGAAACAAGGAACAAUUGGCAGAGUGUGUUCGUCACUCUGACAUUGUCUACAACUUGGUUGGUCGUGACUAUGAAACAAAGAACUUUACGUUUGAACAUGUUCAUGUGGAUGGUGCUCGUGCAUUAGCUGAAGCUGCUGCCGAAAAUGGUGUUGCUCGUUUUGUUCAAGUGUCUGCUUUGAAUGCAUCUGCUGAUUCACCUUCCAAAUUCCUUCGCAGCAAGGCUUUAGGCGAAAAGGCUGUCCGAGAGGUAAUCCCUGAUGCUACUAUCGUUCGCCCUGGUACUAUGUGGGGUCAUGAAGAUCGUUUCUUGAACAGAAUCGGAGGAUGGCAAUACUGGGUCAAUCAAGGCAACACAAAGAUUCGCCCUGUUUCGGCUAUUGAUGUUGCUCAUGCCCUCGAAGUCAUGUUGACUGCUGAAUCAACUAUGGGUAAGACCUAUGAACUCUAUGGACCCAAGGAAUACAAAGUAAAGGAAAUUUUCGAACUCGCUCGUGAAAUCUCCAUGAAGCCUAUUCCUAUCCGUAAUGUGCCUGAUAACAUCCUCAGACUUGUAGCCACUGCUAUCGACAAGUUGCCUUAUAACCAGAUGGUCAGCCCUGACUUGAUCGAGAGAAUGAAAUUGGAUGAUAAACCCACACCCGGUGCACUUACAUUUGCUGAUCUGUAUAUUGAACCCACCUCCUUGGAAACUGUUGCUAUUCAGUUCUUGAGAAGAUUCCGUAGUAAUGCAGUGUUUGAUCUUCCUUAUGAAAAGGGAGAAGGACAAGUGAAGAAGGGCGUUUAUCACCUUAUUGAUUAG